GUCAGCGGCGCCCGCGGUGACGGCGACGUGCGGCCCGCGCCGCUGCUGCCCGCCGACGCCGCGGACCCCCGGAGCUCAUGGCCCAGGCGAAGAUCAGCGCCAAGGCCCACGAGGGCCGCUUCUGCCGCUCCUCGUCCAUGGCCGACCGCUCCAGCCGCCUGCUGGAGAGCCUGGACCAGCUGGAGCUCAGGGUUGAAGCUUUGAGAGACGCAGCUACUGCUGUUGAACAAGAGAAAGAAAUCCUUCUGGAGAUGAUCCACAGCAUCCAGAACAGCCAGGACAUGAGGCAGAUUAGUGACGGAGAAAGAGAGGAAUUAAACCUCACUGCAAACCGCCUCAUGGGCCGAACUCUCACUGUUGAGGUCUCAGUGGAAACAAUUCGAAGUCCCCAGCAAGAGGAAUCCUUGAAGCACGCCACGAAGAUUAUAGAUGAGGUGGUCAAUAAGUUCCUGGACGACCUGGGAAAUGCCAAGAGUCACUUAAUGUCACUCUACAGUGCGUGUUCAUCUGAGGUGCCCCCCGGGCCAGUUGACCAAAAAUUUCAGUCAAUAGUAAUCGGUUGCGCUCUUGAAGAUCAGAAGAAAAUUAAGAGGCGACUAGAGACUCUGCUGAGGAACAUUGAGAACUCCGACAAGGCCAUUAAACUAUUGGAGCACUCUAAAGGAGGCGGUCCCAAAAGUCUGCAAAACACUGACGGCAAAUUCAAUUAGUCUUCAAACCCACAGGCCCUUCCAAACGAUGUAACAAAGAAAAACCACUAUUUUAAAUAACUAGUUCUUUAUGUUAGGCAUAACCACUUAUACCUCAUACUGAUAACUGUUUCAGAUGAGGAAGUAUUCCAGUGUUGGUAAGGUACACACAUAACACUUAAAACUAGCAGUAUUUCAGUCGCCCACUUACAAGUUUUGGACAGCAUUGCUGUCUUGAACUGGACUCUAGCCCUGGAUAUUCAACUUCUGAAGAUGCACACAUGGUCUGUGGGAAAAUAAAUAAGGGGCAAAUGCAUCACACUGCUCUUUCCUUAACCUCAGUACAGAUGCACCCAGCCUCUAGAGCAGUGCACUCACACCACAGUGUGAACAGAGCACCCAGCCUCUAGAGGAGUGCACUCACACCACAGUGUGAACAGAGCACCCAGUCUCUAGAGCAGUGCACUCACACCACAGUGUGAACAGGGCACCCAGCCUCUAGAGCAGUGCACUCACACCACAGUGUGAACAGAGCACCCAGCCUCUAGAGCAGUGCACUCACACCACAGUGUGAACAGGGCACCCAGCCUCUAGAGCAGUGCACUCACACCACAGUGUGAACAGGGCACCCAGCCCCUGGAACAGUGCACUCACACCACAGUGUGAACAGAUGCACCCAGUCCCUGGAGCAGUGCACUCACACCACAGUGUGAACAGAUGCACCCAGUCCCUGGAGCAGUGUACUCACACCACAGUGUGAACAGAUGCACCCAGCCUCUAGAGCAGUGCACUCACACCACAGUGUGAACAGAUGCACCCAGCCUCUAGAACAGUGCACUCACCACAGUGUGAACAGAUGCACCCAGCCCCUGGAGCAGGUGCACUCACACCAGUGUGAGCAAAGGACCCAGCACCCGAAACAGUGUACUCACACCACACAGUGUGCCUAGAAGGAUAAAAGGAAACACAUCAGAACCUCACCCUGCAUGUUCUCAAUUUUUUGGGCCAUCUGUUUUUAUGCAUCUCAUAACAUGUAUUUUUAUGUGUGUGGAAGCGUGAUAUGAAAUGUGAGGAAAAGGCCUUCAUUGUACCAUGGUGAAGGUCUGUAUCCACCAGACUGCUACGGCCUCUCUCCAGUGUCAGUGUUAAUGGGUUUCACCAUGGGCUGCCCUGGAGUCACCGUGUGCCAUGGGAGCACAGUGUACUGACCCAGUCACUUCUCCGAGAACAUGUGGGUGGUUUCACCUUGUUGCUAUGACUACGACAUGUUCAUGUCCUUAGAGCUUUGUUCUGUUCUUGGUCUUCUUUGUAUAAAAUUCCAUUAAUGAGUUCACCAGGCCAAAAGAUAUAUGCAUUUUCAUGGCCGAAAAACAGAUUUCUGAAUUUUUAUAAGUUUUAUCAAUUUGUACUGCCUUCGGUAAUUAAAAGAAUCCAUUUCACCAAA